AAUUAUUACAUCGCAAAGGCUAUGGGUGCAAUAAAGUUUAGAAGUUUUUUUGUCGAUUAUUGAAUAGGGUCGGCAAAUUUUGGGUGCUUGGGACGGUGAAAUGUAUUGUAUUACUUAUUACCUGCGCUUCCAGAGUAACUAAAGCGCAUUGAGGAGCAUCAUUCAGUUAUCAUUUGUACGCCGGCAGUUGCAGUGUAAUAACCUAAUAACAUGGCACGACGCAUCUGGUUGUUGGUAGAAUGGGUGGAUGAGCGGAACGUCUUUCCUGCAUAUGGUGUUGUGAAUGUGGAUACUACAACUUACAGUGAAACCGAUUUAAAUCUGGGAAAAGAAAUUUUCAUUCACGCGAAACAUGAAAAUCCACGGCGUGCACAAAUAUUGCGAAUAUCGGAUAGUAAGCGGUAUUUGCAAGAGCACAAAGAAGUACUGGAAAGGCAAGAUCAAAAAGUAAAAAAUGUACUACAGCUUUGUAUGCGCACCAUUAAAGAAAUGAAAUCCGAAUCAAUGUACAUUGAUUCAACAGCAAGCAAGAAACAACAAGCGAUAUCCAACCAGAAUUCAGUUCCUCACUUAAUAGUUAAGGGUGAAGAUAGCACAAGUGAUAGUGAACCAGAGACAAAUAGUCGUCAAGAUAGAAGUCGAACACAUCAUUCAAAAAGCUCCAAAAAAUAUCAUCAUUUUAACAAAGCAGAGAACAUGCGAUACACUCAUUCCACGUUUAGUCCCGCUGCAAAUCAGAAACGUCGUUCAAUUAUUAGUAGUACGCCGAUUCCAGGAAAUAGUGUUCAAUCAAAUACAACACUUUGUUUUGAUCAAGGCACCCAAACCGACAAUACUCUUCUACAACCACCGUUAGAGAAGAUCGAAGAAAUGGAAUUAAUGCUAAAAAAUUUAUACCAUAGAUUUCAAAACUUAAUAACACAAGUGAAUAAUAAUGCAAGCUGUAUACAGAUAUCAGAUUCAGAAUAUAAUGAUGUUGACAUAUCUUACAAUGAACCACUCGUCAACGAUUCUUGGGUAGAGCAAAACAACCGCCCACACAUAGAAAAUGAUAGGCACACUGAACAAAACGUGACUAACGGAGAGCCAGAAAGAGUAAGUGAAGAACCGAUCCCAAACUCAACAAACGGAUUGAAUGUUAAAAAUGAUUUAGAUAAGAACAGUGUCAACACAUUGCGCGUACGCAGAAUGUCGGCUCAAACAACUAAUAACGUAGAGCAGAAUGGUUCAAAUGAUUCCGAUAUGGUACCAAUAGGAAACGGUAACGCUACGGUUCCAGCAAGAUUGCUAAAUGAAAUUGAUUGGAAUUCGCACACAUCUGCGACUCGACAAUUAUUGCAGGCCAUUUUUCCUCGAAAGGUUUUAGCAACUCAUUCAUUGACUGGAAAACAAUCGCCAGCGUUUACAAAUAAACCGCCGAAAAAGAUUUUAGAUCCUGUGUUAGUUGAAGAUAUUGUGAAAACUGUAUCUACGCGGUGCGGAGUACCAAAAAAUUUAGUGAGAAACAGCAUAACAAUCAAAUGCACAGAUGAAGCGAAACUUUAUCGCAAUCGUCAAUACAGACAUGCAAGACAAAUAUCAAAUCAAAAUGAAGAAAAUAUUCCACCUUCGAUGCCCUCAUCCGAUGAAUUGUCAGUUGUAACAAAUUAAGUCCUUUUUGAUAUUUAAAUUUGAGCUAGGUCAAGAGUCAAGAUACUUAUAAUUUCAGGGGAAACGAAGAUAAAACACAUUGCUCCUAUGAACAAUGAAUACCUUUCUUCGUUAAAUUUCAUUUCAAUAAAAUUACAAUAGGUACCCUAUUCUUAAUUAUGAUGUAACAAGUAUUUACAUAAUUUUAUGUUCUGUAUGCUAAAUUAGAAAUAAAUUGCUAUACAUAUU